AUGAGCAAAGAGAAACAAGACAAACAAGGUUCUGAUAUUAAAUCGACGGCAACUCUCCAGCUGUCGAUCUCUUUUAAUCUUGAGGCCUCGUUUCUUCCCUUCUCAAGUACUCUGCCAGUCCUGCAGCUCAUAGUCCCAGGGGUCUCACCUAUUUCCCUACCCUACUAUACCAUCAACGGAGAAUUUCCUCCUGAGCCAGUUGCCAAAAAAGAGCCCAGUAAGAAAGAGCCUGUGCCCGUCGAUCAGGGUGCUGACAUCAAGUUGGUAGAGGCCAUUUUCAAAGAAAUAGACAUACCUAAUCCACUUGGGCUUGUUCAGCAGUUUUUAACUAACCCCAUAAAGCUUAUGCUCAGCAGUCCCCUCGCUUCAGAUAAAGAAAAAGACCAAGAUAAAACGUCAUCGUCUCUCUUGCUUCCAGCAUCUAUACUUCUCGUUGAUCUACCACUAAAGACUUCCUUUUGCCUCCUAUCAUCUACUUUACCAGAUCUGCGUCUGGAUGGCUUCCUCCGGCUUUCAAUCUUACGAGCAUCUCAUGUUUCCAAGGAUUCUACACAAAGAUUCAUAUCCUUUCUUCCCCGUGCCAUUACAGAGACAACGCUAAACGUAUUCGUGAUUCGUAUCCUCUCUUUUAAAGGUAUACCCCUGGUGGGAGAUCUGAACUAUCGCACAGCAUUCUUUGAACCAAUAAAGCUCUCUCUUACUAUCUUCGGCACGACAUACUACUCUGAUUCAAUAUCACAUGAGCUUUUAGGAGGAACACAGAACCAGCUAACUACGAAUACAAGUCAGGGGAUAAGCAUGCAGUACCUGCAAUCGGAUGAAACAGCCGUAAACCUGUGCGUUGCAAAGGCAUUUACCACCACGGAUGAAAUUGCACAACUAUAUGCCGAACUUGCCACUACUCCGGCAACUGUUGAGCUUUUUUACAAAGCCAAACCUAAACGAGAAACCCCAGUCAACCAACAACCCAACUCUGGAAAGGAGGCCAAAGCCACUCCUGCCACUACCACCAAGAAACUACCGUCCAAGCCCAAAGAGGACGAUGAAGACACUCGAGAAGAUGAUUUCUUUUCGUUCUCAGUGAUAGCUGAGAUCAAUCUGGUUCCUCUAACCGAGGAUGAUAGAGUUCUUGACACAGUUGUUAGCCUCAAGCCCGUAUUUAAGUAUAAAAUAACACAGGUUCCCGAUUUGUCUAAAGUAGCUCUCCGCCACAUGGAGUGCUCCUCCACCAUAAAUCAGGCAUGUCCCAUACCUCAAACUCUGGCUUUGGGAUCAUGGAACGAUGCCAGCAUUAAGGUGCAAGCCGCCACUGCUAGCCUUUUAAAGAAGAACCCUGUCAUUAAAACUUCAGAACCAAGACUAGCCGAGCAGCAAAGCACUUCUAUGCAACACUUUGAACGGGCAUACUUCUAUCUCAAACCGAAUGACCUGUACAUAGCGAGCAUUGUUCUUUCGUAUGUAGCUCAAAAGAACAUUAAUGCAAUUAGGCUCUUCAAUCCGAAACUAGCAGAACAAUUUGAGCACCCGGAUACUCGAGUGGGGCAGAGCGCGAAACACACGAGCGCAGAGAAAGCGAUAGCAGUUACAGAUAGCACAUCUGUAGAAGAAAUCGCUGCAUCAUCCGUUCUGUCCAGAGAAGAUACACAGGAGUGGCUCUCCCAGUGUGCAUCCUCGUUAAAAGUCUUAGCAAUUAAAGACGUACGGGAAAAAAUAGGCUCAACAAACACCUGCGAUAGCAUUAAAGCGCCCUUUAUUACGGGCUGGCACUUCUCAGAUCCAAGCUUUCAGCUUAUAUGUUUAGAAGCCCCCGCAUGCUACGGUUUGAUAAUGCCUCUUGCGCAGAAGGUUGACAGCUUGACCAAGUUACAAGUUGAUAUGCCAACGGACAGCCUUAUCUCUCCAUGCACUAAGUGCGGUCCAAACGUCAAGUUCGAUAGUAGACUUAUGCCAACGUCAUCUCUGCUUUUAGAGAGGUUUUGCUUUGUUAACGAGAUACAGGCCCUCGCUGAGAAAUCAUCCUCUUGGACAGCAACCACAGCGACCGCGCAAAACAGACGCGCGCUGGCCACUAUGCUGUCUCUAUUCACUUCAUUGAAGAUUGAAGGGGAGCCUAUGCAUGACCUCCUGGGAAAAGUUGUAAAACGAUGUUUCAGAAUAGAGUAUACUCCUGUCCCAAUGAAUAUGAGACAGAUUGCUGCGCUAAAGGCAUUUUUGAAUGACCGUGACAUUCAGAGCUUGAAGACGUGGAUUGGAGGAGUUCUCCCACAGCAUAUGAGAACCAUCAGCCUUCUUUCUUAUAAAGAUGGUCCUGUUGUUCCCUUGGUUAAUGCACCAGAUGACAUGAUGGCCAAAAGCGGUUCAUGGGGCGUUGGUACCAGAUCUGUGUCUCAAAGGAUCAGGCCUCACGGCAUGUGUGAUACUGUAUCAAUAAAUAUGUCAAUAAUGGGAACAGGCUUGGAUGAGAUUGCCAAUUACAGUGCAACACUUGCAGCCACCGCCCACGAGGCCUCAGAUCUCCUUCGUCAGAAAGAUGCCCAUGGAAUGAAGGAACAUAGGCGUGCCGCAUCAUCUACAGAUGCUAAUUUGGCGUCAAGCACUCUAUUGAGCCUCACCAAACGCAUGAAGUAUGAACUGAAUGGGGACGACGAAUCUGGCCUGCAUGGCAAUGUACAACCUCUUAACACUAAUGAGGAGCAGAUUGUUAAUCAAAUAAUGAACAACAGUCUUCUCCCAGAGCGCUCGCGGACAGCAGUUUCAGAUGCUGUGGCUGGGAGGGUGAAGUUUUCGUAUUCUAAUCAAACACUGGGGAUCAAGAACCUUCAGAGCAAGGCUAGGGACCUUAUAGUAGCAUCUGGCAAAGGUAAGGGUCACAAGAUUCCUCUAUGGGAAGGGUACCGUGACCCCAAGUUGCCGCACUUGUCUCGGUAUUCAACAAGGGGCUCAAAAGAGUAUGAGCUUGAAAAGGGCUACGUACUCACGCCCAAUUUAAAGUGCAAACCCUUUGAGCACAGCGGUCAAAGUUGGCGCUCAGACAUGAAGACAGCAAUAGAUGACUACAAGAAGGACGACCUGGCCGUGCCCUGGGACGAGGACACUGUGCAGAGGAUGCUUCUAACACAGCAUGUAGCCGCAGACAUGAAGCCACCGGAAGGAAAGCCUGUCUUUUAUACCCAUUCAAAACCAAUCAAAUAUUUUGACCAGGACAAGGAGCGCAUGGGCUCAGUGAUUCGCGACGAUGCUGACUAUAGAGAAUAUUUAAAGAAAAAGGAGCGGCAAGAGUGGAAGGAAAAGAUAGUGGUUGAUCACACGCACAUUAAUUUGCCUAAGGUUAACAGAACAGAUACCCAGGGGCGUCUAAGGUCGAGUAUCUCGCAUCCAAUACUACAAGAUGAGCCCAGGAAAUACUCACUGAAGAUUGUUAAUGGUUCAGGAAGCCUCAGCAAAAUACCUGCUACGCUCACUCAAGAGCCAUGGACAGACCCCGCCAAAGGAGACUAUGCCGCGUUACUGGAAAAGUCUCGGCCAAUCGGCUUGAAGAAGGCCAGUGACAUUCACCCUUCGCUAGUCGAGGAGGUGGCGGCAAUUGCACGAAGCAGCCGCUUGGUGUUCAAGUCUCGAGAGGAAGCAGAUACCAUGUCAGAGGAAGAAAAGAAGCGGCGUCGCGCAGAAUUGAGGCGAGAGGCCACUGCUCAGCUGAUGUUGAGGAUGCGGUCACUAACACAAAAAGAAUCUGAAGGGAUUGACACUAAUGAGCUCAUCAAAAUGGCCAAGCAAAUCAUCAGUAAAAAUGGAGAAGUGCAAUAUGACCUCAACCUAACACAGUUCAGUAGAUAUUCCGGCUUGCAUGCAAUAGAUCUUAUCGACCGAACACCAAAAGUUAUGGCUAAGCCAGUCAAUUAUUAA